CAUUAGUAUUUUAAAUGAAUAAUAAUAAAAGUUUUAAUAAUUUGUUACAUUUGAUUUAUAGGAACAUUUGUUCAAAUAAUAGACUUAACAGAUCGUCUUAUAUAUAGAAUUUGCCCUUUUGUGGCUGCAGGAGUAGUAAUUGGAUCUAUUUAUUGGACAGCAGUAACUUAUGGUGCUGUUACAAUUAUGCAGGUCCUUGGUCAUAAGGAAGGAUUGAGUGCUAUGGAACAAGCAGAUCCAAUUUUUUUAUUAGUGGGUUUACCUACUAUACCUCUUGCAUUAAUUAUAAGUAAAUUGACUCGAUGGGAUGAUAUUCUUUUGAAUUUAUGGAGGAAGCAUUCCUCACGUAUUCCUGCAAUAAAAUAUAUUUUUGGUGAAGAUAAUAUUUGUAAUCGAGAGCGAUCACCAACAGAAAGAUCAGCAUAUUCUGACCCUGUAUCAUUCACUCGAUUACUUUGUGGUGCUCUUAUGCUGCCAACUUUUGCAUCUUGUACAGGAAAACUUUUCUUUGGAUAUGUUAUGUCUAAUUUGCAGAGAACUAUAUGGGGUGGAGUAGCAUUUUUAAUGGUGAAAGGAAUAUUUAAAUUAUAUCUUCGUCAAAAACAUUAUGUACGUUUAUGUCAAAGAAAAAUCUUAAAUUAUAAAGAAGGAACCCAGUCUAAUCAAGAAGAACCAAAUGAUAAUUAAGAUAGUUGAUUUCAAAACUUAAAAUUUAUAUAAUAAUUGAUGUAUUAUAAUAAAGUAAAAUAUUUGUAUUAGAAAAAAUUUUUUGAUGUUUUUAAAGUUUAAUUAUUAAUUUUUAUUUAAUAAAAA